AUGAUUUUAUUAAUAUUGACGGCACCGACGGUUGAUAUAACAGCUGUUGACCUGAAGGUUGAAUACCUUCGCAAUCCAUUAGCGGUAGACAUACCUCAGCCGAGACUCCAAUGGACUCUUCGGGCGACUGAUCCCACAAAACAUGAUUUGUCUCAAAAGGCGUAUCAAAUACUUGUGGCAACAGAUCGGCAAAGUCUGGACACAAAUAUUGGUAAUCUAUGGGACAGUAAGAAAGUGGUGAGCGAUAGGACCACUCAUAUUAAAUACGCCGGAACUCCGUUAAAGUCUGGACAGAGAGCCUAUUGGAAAGUGAAUGUGUGGGACCAGAAUGACCAUGUACAAUUAGGCACUCGUGAACCCGUCAACUAUUGGGAUAAAGGAGUGGACAUUAAUGACUGGACGGCCCAAUGGGUUGGUGCCCCGAAAGGCACUCAACAAAAGGCAUUACAAAACCUAUCGGAUAUUGACUCAAAAAUUGUCGGUGACUCUCAACUGAGUCCCGGUUGGAGCGACUAUAAUAAGACUUUUCAAUACCAGGCUUACGAUGUGACUCAGUUAUUGCAGACUAAGAAUGCUAUCAGUGUAUUAUUAGGAACAGGGUGGUUUAGCAGUUAUGUUGGCAUUUUUCACCGAUAUAAACAGUAUGGCCCUGAUCAGAAUUUGUUGUUUGAAUUGCAUAUACAAUACGAGAACAAUAAGACAGAAAUUGUUAAGUCAGACAACACGUGGAAA